AUGAAGGUUCUAAUCGUGUUGCUGUCCCUUCUGGCUUUAGCUUCAUCGGCUCCCAUUGCUGAGCAAUUCAAAGAUGGUAUUGUCGAUGUUGAUGAGGUGCAGUCAAGCUCAGAGACUAGCAUCAUCAAGGCUGAUGAGCCAGUUCAUGAUUUAUCAUCCGAUGAAGAACCAACCACAAUUAUACCUAAAACUGCCACUAAUGUGAAUAACCAUACCUGGAGUUGUGGUGAACACAAUCCAUGUUAUGUCUCCUCUAAGAACUGUAUUGAAAAUUGCGCAUCUGGUCUCAUGAUUAUCCCAACUGGAGAGAAACAGACAGAGUUCGAAGUUUACAUGAGUGGGUCCGAAAUAGACAAAGAGAGCUUCAUUGCUAUGGAAUACAAAAGCGAUAACGAUGUACAUACCUUCAGAUGUAUACCAGCUCGUAAAAGUGUUCAGGAUGAAAUCUUGAAGAAUGAGAACGAAAUCAAAUUCUUGAGCGGACGCGAGACCAGUCAUUCAAUUUAUUGUAAAUUCACUGCCCAUGUUACCCACGAUAUCAAUACUAACGGUCAAUAUAACAUCCAGCUAGGAAAACUCGAAGGAGAAACAUGGAAGAUUACGGAUAGCAAACAAGUUCAACAACAACAAUCUUUCGUUGGUGGAAGAUUUGAGAAGUUUGAAAGUGAUAAGGAAGCUAUUGAAAUUGUUAAGAAAGCGGAGAAGAAGAUUAUGGAGGAUUUGCUAGCUUCUGGAACAAAGGAAGCCCGUGGAUCUGACUCUAUCAUCUCACAGUUCGAAAAAGAGUUCAGCGCUCUACUGAAGAAGAAGGCUGAAGCUGAAGAGAAAAAGAAGGCUGAAGCUGAAGAGAAGAAGAAGGCUGAAGCUGAAGCUGAGGAAAAGAAGAAGGCUGAAGCUGACGCUGAGGAAAAGAAGAAGGCUGAAGCUGAGGAAAAGAAGAAGGCUGAAGCUGAGGAAAAGAAGAAGGCUGAAGCUGAGGAGAAGAAGAAGGCUGAAGCUGAGGAGAAGAAGAAGGCUGAAGCUGAAGAAAAAAAGAAGGCUGAAGCUGAGGAAAAAGAAACUGAAGAGGAGAAUGACGACGAUGAGGAAAAAGAUAAGGCUGGUUCUGACAAAAUGAACAAAACUGAAAAAAAAACUUCUGAGGCUAAAGGAAAAUCAUCAAAAGUUGAAGAUGAAGAAGUGAACGAGGAUGAAGCUGAAGUUGAGAAGAGAGGAAAUAAGAAAGUCAUUAACAACAAGAAAGAUUCGAAGGAAAAAACUGUUAGAAGAAAAGAUGAUUCCAACGAACCUAAGAUGAGAACAUCCGAUGACGAUGAAGACGAUGAGGAGGAGGGAAACAAUGAUGAAUAUGAAGAAGAUUCAGACAAGCCACAAGUUCGUACUGAAGAAAAAGGUAAAAAGGAGAAAGAGAGAGACUUGUUCGACUCUUUGAUGAAAUCUUCACUUCCUAAGGGAGACAGUGUCUUCAUGGCACCCGAUAGCUCCGCUCUCACAUCGAUUGUCAGCGCUUGUAUGAUCACUUUGAUGGUUCUCAUGUUUUAA